ACGAUCGAUGAUGAUCCGCCACUGAUCUUGUUCCUUUCUUCUCCGUCGCCACCAACCCCAGAACGAAUCCCAGAUCCGCUCACCACUUCCACUUGGGUGAAAUAAUACACUCUAGGCAGUCAAACCAUCCGCUCCAGGCCAAACUGCCUGUAUAAAGCGGUGGCCGGACAAGAAAGAAGCUCACCAAGAAACUACGCCACCGCCGAGCAAACAAGCAAGCACCGUGCAGAGGCGGCCAGCAGCAGAAACAAGCCGGGAGCGACGAUGGCUGCGGCGGCGGGUGCGGGGAGCGGCGGCGGCGGCGUGGUGAAGCACCUCGUCAUCGUGCAGUUCAAGGAGGACGUGACCCCGGAGCGGCUGGAAGGGCUCAUCCGCGGCUACGCCGGCCUCGUCGACAAGGUCCCCUCCAUGAAGGCCUUCCACUGGGGAACCGAUGUGAGCAUAGAGAACAUGCAUCAGGGAUUCACACACGUCUUCGAGUCCACUUUUGAAAGCACAGAGGGAGUCAAGGAGUACGUUUACCACCCAGCGCACGUCGAGUUUGCAACUGAUUUCUUGGGUUCAACGGAGAAAGUCCUCAUAAUCGACUUCAAACCCACAGCUGGCAACUAAUGGUUUCGGCCAAGUGAGACACUCAGAGCUUCUGUUGCCGCCUGCCUUAUUGGUGUUGCUUCUGUGUGUUUGUGUUCGAAUUUCAUCUGGCAUUCACAAGCUAUGUACCUUGUGCUAAAUAAAUCUGUUCGGCCUGUUGUAUCUGUUGAGAAUGAAGGCUGGAUUUGGUGCAACUGUGUUCUGACAUUUUGUAGCACUUAAUAAUCUGUAUGAUAAAUUGAUCGUAUGUGAGGCAGUUUCGUAUC